UUUUUUUUUUCUCUUUUCCACUUUCUCUAUUGUUUCUUGUUGCUCUGUCUGCUUAAUUGUUGCCAUUGCUUCUUCAUCUCAACUGUCAACAAAACUCCACAGUGAGUGAUUCAAAGGAACAAGAAGUCUUCAGUGAGGGGCUAGGGGGAUUCUCGAGAAUUAAAUAUUUUAGAUCAAAAAGGGAUUGUGGUAAACGCUGCAAAUAACAAUAAGAUGCAAAAUGAAGGUUCAAAUGGGACUAGCAGCAUAGCUGGUGACCUCUCCGGUAAUUUACCUGAACCCGACCUUGAGAAGCAGGGAAACAUCCCAGUGUUGCCUCAGGAGGAAAGACAGCCAGGCUCAGUUGGGGAUUCAGCCUAUGAGGCCAAUCCCACAUUGUUAAACAUUGUGGUAACGAAGGGCCAGUCUCAUGUGACUCAGCAGCAAAUAGCUAAAUUAGCCAAAGAUGUAGAGUCCAUUAAAGAGGAAUUGCCUCGUGUGGCUUCUACAAAAAAGGGGUAUAUUUCGAGGACCACUAGUUCUCAUGAGCAAUGCAGAGUUUGUCAACAGGAGAAGGAAGAAUGUCUUAUAGAUCUUGGAUGCCAAUGUAAAGGUGGCCUUGCAAAAGCGCAUCAGUCUUGCAUUGACACUUGGUUUCAUACAAAAGGAUCCAACAAAUGCGAAAUAUGCCUAGUAGUAGCCGUAAACGUGACAACUCCUGUGUCUGAGCCAAGUACAAGUUACUGGGUUUGGAGGGUUGAUCCAAGCUUUGCACCACAUAACCGUGAAAGGGGUUGUUUUAGUCCACUAUGGAUGGCAUUCUCAAUCCUCAUUGGUGGUCUAUUGUUGGAUGUGUUAAUAACCAUUACUCUUGGUGUCUCUGCACUGCCUAUUAACAUCAUGAUUGGUGUUAUUGUUGUCCUAGGACUUGGAACCACUCUUCGACUUGCACUGGAAUUCUGCCAUGAGUGGAGUAUUAGGAGAGCUGUGCAAAGGGUAGAAACAAAUGCAAAUAUUGGGUACCAUCCCGCUUUGUAGGUAAAUCUGUAUAUAGUAAAAUUUGAGCCUACAAACCAAUUAUUGAGUUCUUGUUGUUUUUAUAUAAUGUUCAUCUUAUCAUUCCGGGAGGGCACCAUUUUUUGUUACUGCUACUCUCAUUUAUAACCAUGAUAGAGUUUGAGACAUUCUCCUUGAAUGGUUUGAGAAUUUAUACAGUCAAACUGGAUGUGGAACUUUUGGUUUGGAAAUGUAUCUCAUUGUUUCUAGUUUCGUUGCUGAGGGGUUUUAUAGGAGUAAUUGUAUUCCUGUAUUUCAUAGCUAUUGAUUUUGUCUUCAAAUCAAAGUGAUAUAAUCCUGGAUCCAUACAGUGGAUCUUCAUAAUUUGUUUUGAAAGGGGAACCUAACAACCAGGGAAAGCAGUCUGCAGAAAAAUGUCAAUUCCAUUUCCACUGCUUUUGAUGGAAGCUUGCUGCUAUGCCCAUUGGUUGGAGUUGCCAGAUUAAUGUUUGGGUUCUUUUCUUUAUUUAAGAGAGAAAAUUGAUUGGUGGUAGUAGUAGUAGUUGUUGUUGUAUUGUUUUUUUAUUUUGCUUCCUUUCUUUUGGCAUAGAAGAGGACAGGAUGUAGCAAUGAAGGUAUAAUUUCAGGGACUAGUGUUACAGGCAGGACUCACUUUACAUUGUAUGGAGACGUGCGUGUGCGAAUAAAGGUUGUGGCUUUGAAGGCCCGGCCAAAUCUUUUUUGACCAUCGAAGUUAGCAAAUCGUUUUCAACCUACUUGUUUCAAAGGAUCAAAUUUGAUCUCUCUCGAGCAGACCAAUUCUUAUGGCCUGAUGGUAUGGAUAUAUACUCCAACCAAGCAGACGG